AUGCCAGUUUGGAGAAUUGCUGGAAUUCAGAACAAGUACAUCAUGGAAUUUGAUAAAAACGAAGAAAUAAUUCUGUCUGGUGUUCACUUUAAGUCUUUUAAAAUUAUUCAAGAACAAUUGAAAGUUAACUACAGAAUUGUUAAACCAAUUGCAAGAAAAAUUUCAGGAAAAAGUGGAAUAAUUGGCCAACUUCUUAAUAAUGAAGCGGAUAUUGCCUUUUUUCCUCUACUUGUUAGAAAAGAUCGCUCCGAAAUUCUUUCGUAUUCAACAAGUACAACCGUGUCUGAGAUCAAAUUUGUAAUUCGUGCACCACCAGACAAGAAUAGUUGGAAUACACUUACUAAACCGUUUUCAAUUCAAGUCUGGUUUAUGAUAUUUAUUACUUUUGUCCUCUUCGGAUUUACUCUUGACAAAGUGAUUCGAGAAGAAUGUCAAUUGAGCAGAAUGACUUACACUUGGACAAAGAAUAAAAUAUUUUGGUUCAUGUUCGGUAGUUUUACAGAUCAAGGUGGGAAUCUUCAUUAUAUCAGUGGAAGUCGAUCCAGAUUAUUGAUGUCAAUUUGGUUACUCGCCGUUCUGACAAUUGCAACCAGCUAUGGUGGAACUCUCAUAUCAUUUUUGACUACCCAAAUACCACAAUAUGUACCAAGAACGAUUCACGAAUUGGCGUCUGAAGUUAGUAAUGGGGAAUAUACGUGUGGUACAGAAUUUGGGAGUGCGGUAACAAAACUUGUUUUGGGUUCACAGUCAGGUGAUGCUAAAAUUUUGGCAGAUAACGUUAAGGAAAAUAAUAACGUAAACACUCUUGGGAGAGCAUUCAACAAAGUUGUAAAGGAAGAUUUUGCUUUAAUUACUAAGGACUACAUUCUUUCUAAGUUCGUAGAUGAACAUGGUCCUGAAAACUUCUUAAUUUCGAAAGAUUCCUUUGUUACUUUACCUACAGCUUAUCUAAUGAAGAAAGACUAUCAAUACAGAGAAAAUAUAACAUGUUACGAUUACUGGAAGCAGGAAUUACUACAACUGUCGAUGAUUUAA